UUAAUCUGUGCUGUUGUUUCUAAAGAUCUGACCGCAGGUUUCAGGAAGUCUUGAGGCUUGAACACAGUCUGUGUCUUUACCUGUCUGUCAUCAUUCAGUCAGUAUGGAGCUCAGGCAACUUUCUCUUGUGCUCUUGCUGAUUUCAAACAUCCACUCUGAACAAACUGAACAAAGACCAAAAGCCAAAGUGAGCAUUAAACCUGAUCGUCAUGUGUUCAGAGGAGAGACGGUCACUCUCAGAUGUGACAUUGAUGGUGAAGGAGUCUCUAGCUGGCAGUACAGCUGGGAUAAAGACGGUUCAGACAGUGUUUUCAGUAAACUACAGGAACACACAUUCAGUUCUGUUACUGAGACUGACGCAGGUAAAUACUCCUGUUAUGGAGCAGAGAGAGAAGGAUCACUGAGAUCACAACAGAGUGAUGCAGUUACACUGACAGUAUCUGAUAGACCCGAGGCAGUUUUAAGUGGUUCCCUACAGAAGUGGUUGCCUGAAGGAGAUCCGGUGACUCUGAUCUGUGAGGUUAAAGGCUCCUCUACAGGCUGGACAUUCAGCUGGUGUACUGUUUCAUCAAAUUUUUCUUUCUUGAAAAUAAUGGUGUUGGUUCUCUGCAUUGUUUCUGCAUUUGGAGCUGUGCUUCUGUUCUGCUGUCUGAUCUACUGCCCAUCAAAUAGCACAGCUUUCUCAAGCAGAACAAACUUCUGGACAAUUCAGGUUUCACUUGUCUUUUGUCCAAACAUCUGCAUGUUUUUUGCCUUCAUCUUCUGGGGUCUUUCUAAAGGUAAGUUUCGUGGUUCAUACAUUUACAAAAAUGAAAUUACUAAAGCACAAUAGUAAAUUUAUUUCUUUGUAUUAUGCAAGAGUUUUUUAUCACUGACUUAAAAGGGUUAGUUCAUCGAAAAA